UCAUCGUCCAUUGAUUUCUCCACUCUUCUUUCUCUCUUCUCUCAUCCAAACCAACACUCCCAAAUCGCGAUUCAAAUGGGUAAGGCAUCCCCAAACAGCCUCUGUUCCUUUUUCUCCUCGCAUCCCUUAGUUGAGUAUUUCUUCCUCCACAAAAUCCUCACCCGAAGCUUCAGAUGUGAGAAGUUCUAUUAUAGUUUCAUCUCUUUCUUCCAACCUCAACUCGAAUUCUUCCACGUGGAUUUGCCAGUUCAUUCCGGGAAGAAGAACCCAACUACCGAAACCGAUUCAAACCAACAGUCUUGCUUGGAGAAGGGAGGAGAUGCAGGGCUGAGGAGAGACGACGUAGAGAUGGUGAUGGAGACGCUUGGGAUCUUUUUUAACCCUGACGGUGAGAAGAUUAAGGAGUGUGUGGGGUUGGAUGAUAUUUCGGUGUUGUUCCAGGACGACGAACCGAGCUUGCCGGAACUAAUGGAGGCGUUUCAGGUGUUUGACGUGGAUCGAGAUGGAUUCAUCGAUGCGAGAGAGUUACAGAGUGUUUUGUGUAAGUUGGGUUUUUGGGAAGCGUCGAAUUUGGAGGUGUGUGAAAUGAUGAUUAGAGAAUUUGACGUGAACGGCGAUAGUCGAAUAGAUUUCAAAGAGUUUGUAAAAUUAAUGGAAAAAGGAUUUUGUUGAA